AUGGCUAUUCAGCAACGAAAAGAGGAAUCGCUCGGGGAUUUCAUUAGGCGCUUCAACAACGAGGCUAAUACCAUACCAAAGUUACAGCAAGAAAUUGUCGUGAUGGCAUUGAUGAAUGGGUUAGGUGACAACGAUUUCAAAAAAUACAUGUCGCGAAAGUCUUUCCCAAAUUUAGAGGUAGCAUUUGCCAAGGCUCACAAAUACAUAAAAAGUGAGGAGCUGCUGAAAACGAGCCAUCAAAUAUCGUCAGCAGAGCCCUCCAGGAGGCAGAAUGAUAAUAGCCCAGACGGGCGGGGUAAGCAGGUUGGAGCCGCAGAGCCAACAGAGAUCUGGAAGGCCGGCGAGGGGAUUGGGCCGUUAUAG